CUGCAGAAUGGAAUUCUUUCGGCGCUCCCAUUCGUAUGUCAGUUCAUCUCAAAGAUCAUCUACGCAGGAUUUGCUGACGAAUCUAAAAAGCGCGGUUGGAUGGGCUUCACCAACGUCACAAAGGCGUGCAACUCUAGUGCAUCUUUUGGACUUGCUCUCUGUUUUGCUCUAUUGUGUUUUUGCGACUGCACCUAUCGGAUAACAGCCGUGAUCUUGAUCUGCCUAGCAAUGGCUUUUGUUUCGGGUUAUAUACCCGGUUAUAAUACGAGUGUCGUUUCAAUAGCUCCUUCGCAAACAGCGGCCAUAGCAUCAUUCAGUAGAAUUUGGGCUCAGAUUGCCUCCUCGUUGGCGCCAUAUGAGAUUGGAGCUCUGACCAAACAAGGAAUCUUGCAAGAAUGGCGCAUUGUCUUUCUAACCAUUGUGAUCCUCUGUGUAACGACAGGGGCGUUCUUUCAGAUCUCAGGCUCAGCCGACGUGCAAGUGUGGGACAUUCCAGCUGCAGCUGAUGAACCAAAGCAGGAAUUAAUAGAAGAAGUUCCGGAGAGGCGAGAGGGGGAGGAGGCGAAGAUGAACGGAGACAAUCAUUCUCGGCCAUAA